AUUUGUUUGUUUCAAAUGUCAUUUUGUCAGCGCUUUGGUUCGGGUCCCUGUCCUAUAGUCAAACCACACUCUGAUUUUGAUAAGACUAAAUUUUUCGGUCAUUGGAUUGAAGUGGAGAAGUCGCCCUCCAUUUUCGAUUUAGUCAUGAGAUGUAUUUCCGUCGACUACUCAGAUGAUAACGACGGUAGCAUUAAUGUAGCGGUUCGGGGCACCAGUCUAGCCGGACUCCCACUAACUGUAAAUGGCGAUGGAUUACCUCAAGACGUGUCGAGGAAUGGUCAGUACAGUGUUAGAUAUGGCUUCGGAGUGCCAUUUCAGGGCACUUACAUCACGGUUAUAGACACUGAUUACGAUGAUUACGCGGUGAUCUACUCGUGCACCAACUCCCUUCUCCCCGGCGUCUUCCACACAGAGUACGUAUGGCUGUUGUCUCGAGACGGAACCCUAUCUAACCCUUCGCGACAAAACAUUUACGAGCAUUUGGAUCGACUGAAGAUCAAUAGAGUUGGUCUCCAACUGAGCGAAAGGAGUGCUUGUGUCGGACGGAACACCACUUUAAACAAUAGAGAGAGCGAUGAGGAUCUCAUUCAAGGCACAACUCUUAAACCAUUGCCAACAUCUGCUCCCUCGCCCAUUGCAGGCGUUUAA